GGGUGGGGAAUUGACAUUUUGCAAUUAAAAAGCCCGCAAAUCCCCGGGGGUUGCCCAGGGGAUGGUAACAGGAAGGAUUGAACCACGCAAUGCUUAACGUGAUAGUCUAGAUUUUAGAGACAUUGUGUUUUAAGUUCAAACAACAUCCACUCCAAAGAAAGAUGUGAAAAGCAAAUACUCUGCUGUUCCAUCUGAGUCGCCCAUUUUGGAACGAACAAACCUGGACGUUGGUGAAGCGAUGGUCAUUGAAUCAAAUUUCAUAGGAGCUGAUGUAUCACUCGAGCUCAAUGAAAGGUAAUAAAUAUAUAUGCGUCAUAUGUAUCGGAUCGUCUAACAUCAAAGGAAAUACUCCACUGAAGAGAAACUCAGAUAAUCUUCAAUAUAGCGAAUUAAAGAUUUAGCAUCUGCAAGUAUACCACAUAAUUAUGUUGGUUAAUAUAUCUAAGUAGGCAGAAGUUCAUGACCCCACAAGCUUUGUAACUUUAAUCAUUAUUAUGAUUAAAUACAGUUUUACCUAUCUUUAUCUAAUAAGUUCUUUGUAUGUUUGCAUGGCGAUAAAACAUAUAAUAGUUUUGUUUGUGGAAACACCACGUAAAUUUAUUACUGAAAAAAAAAAUAAUAAUAAUAAUAUAAUAUUAUAUAAUAUUAUUAUAUUUAUAAUUAUUAUAAAUUUACGUGGUGUUUCCACAAACAAAACUAUUAUAUCUUUAUCUAAUUAUUACUCAAAGUGGCACAAUAAUGACUAGUUUCACUUACCAUACCACCAGUGAUUAUUCUCUUGCUCAAGACUGCAUUUAUGCAAAAGGUAUUGCAAAGGCAUUUGUUUUUUUUCUGAUAUUCUCUGUGUGAGAGCAAAAUGAAAUACUGUACUUAAUUAAGUUGGGUAAUGAAACAAUGAUAAGUAUGUAAAAUACCGUACGUAAUGUCAUAGGUUGCUAAUAUUAUUAAAACCUAUUUGCAUAAAUCUAGUUGUACUACUGAACCACUGGAUAAAGCAAAUACAUCCUUGUUCAGUGAUGAUGAAGGAGAGUCCACUGAUGACAGUAGUUCGAAUGAGGAUGUCAGGUAUGACUUUGUGGUUAAAUGUCAUCAUUAAUAUUGAUAUUAAAUUAAUAUCUUAUCAUUCAUGCAUGAUGCUGUUACACAGUAGAGUGUUUAGGGAAUGGACAUGUACACCAGCUGAAGUACUGAGUAUUCUUUUACGAAUAAUUUAUUAAUAAGAUAUAUUUUUUACAGAAUACAUGAAACUACCUUAUCUGUUAUUGAAGAAGUGAGUAAUGAUGAUCAGAAUGUAGAGAGACAAAGUGAUUCAGAAUAAGGGAUACAAUGUGUUUGUGACCAGUGUUAUGAAUGUAUGACCAAUGUGUUUGUGACCAGUACUAUGUAGUAACUUGCCAUCUUUUUUUAAAUAUGAUUGCCUAGAUGGUAAAAAAGACCCAUCGACGAAUACCCUGACUAAUCCAAAAUUCAGAUUCUAUGUGUAAUUUACACCCCUCCUGCAUCCCCUAUAUCCCCAGUAAAUCCAUCUCUAGGAGGGUACAUCUAUUGUGUUAUUGGACUUAACCAGUCUCAUCGUUUUAAAAUAAAACAAUAAUGCGACACAGGGGUGCACACUCAACAAAUUGUUGGGGAGAGGGGACGAUCUGGAACAAAAAAUGGAACUGUCUUUUUUUAAUUUUUGAACGCUACCCCCCCCCCCCAACCUAUAAUGUGCGUCAGCAGUUUCUCUGGUAAUAAGUUCAUGUAUGGUUCUACUUUAUUAUUAGUUCCAUACAUGCCAAUGAAGAUGACUUGUCUUAUUUGAAUAGCGACAAUGAUGAAAUGCUUCAUUUAGAGGGCGAUGUAAUGAUGCCCAAUGAUCAUGAGUUACAAAAAGCUGAUGGACUUUCAUGUGAAUCAUCUAACCUUCCCCAGCAGUCGCAUUCAACAUCUGUCACAUAUGGGCCACAUCGCAAGGUAAGCAGAGGGGAUGAGUUGUAUGCCAUUCAAGAAGAGAGUAAAACAGUGCAGGAAAAGAAGUUUGUUUGCUCUCUGGAUUUGCUUUUAUAUUUAUUUCAGUCAAGAUGUCAGACACCUGGGUGCACAGCUAAACCAGACACGAAGUAUCACUUUGUUGGCAUUACAGCGAUUGUCAUAUCACGUUGUUCAUCAGGACAUAACAAUAGAUUCACCUCAUCACAUGAGCUGAAUGAUAUUUAUGCAAAUAAUCUCCAGACAGCUACCUCUAUAAUGUUGUCUGGAAGCAAUUUUGCCAAAGUUGAACGGAUGGCAAAAUUCUUAAAUCUGGAAUUUAUCUCUAGUUCAACCUACUAUCGGUUCCAACGGUUGUACAUGAUUCCGGAGAUAAAUGAGUGGUGGUCUUCCAUGAGGAGAGAAAUUAUAGGACAAUUUCAUGGGAAGGAUGUAGUUGUUGGAGGUGACGGUCAAUGUGACUCACCAGGCAUCAAUGCCAAGAAUCUAUGUUACUUCAUGGUUGAGGUAGAGUCCCAUUAUAUUCUUGACAUUGAAGUCUUGGAUAAGAGACAUGUUGACCUAAAAUAUACCAACAUGGAAAAAGAGGCAGUCCAUCGAAGUCUAGAUCGAUUAAGAAAUGAUUUGAAGGUGGUUGAGCUGGUUACAGAUGCGUCCACAUCUGUAAAGCAUUACUUGGUAUGUUGA